ACAAGCCGGCGCGUGACGUCACGACGUACCCGGACGCGGCUUCUUCGGUUGGACGAGGGCCGCGUGACGUCAACGCGCAAGGCGCCGCGCGUCGAAUUCCAAUAGAGAUGGCGGAGAGGCGGGACGCAGCGCUCGGUCCGUCCGAGCGAAGGCGCCGCGCCCGCCCUCCGCGGCCCGACACCCGCGGGCAGCGCGGGCAGCAGCAGCAGCACUCCCGCGAUGCAGGGCGAGAUGUGAAUCAAAACGCGCGGCCAUCCAGCAGUGGACCACUGUCAUCCCUCCGAGCGGCUCUGAAGAGAAGCACGUCAAAUAGAGCUCCCUCGCCUGCAGAAAGGCACCCACACCCACCUCACAGGAACUCGGACACACCUGACUUAUCAGACUUUCAAACAUACUACGCGAGAGAAGAUUACGAAGGAUUUUACGCACCUUUUGAACUGCCCCCGUCGUACGAGGAGGCCGUGUUUGGCGUCCUCACCACGCCAGACCUCCAGCAGGGAGCGCAGGCCCUGCAAUACGAGGCGAUCUCUGAGAGCCGGCCCAGGCAGAGGCAGGCUCUCCAGCCCAACCAGGCCUCCAGGCAGAUCCAGGCUGACUUGCCGGAGCGGCAUUCUCCCAGGCGAGAGCAGGCUCGCAGGCCUGAACGAGCUCCCAGACCCUCCGAGGCUCAUGUGGAGGAGCAGCAGACCUCUGGACGAACACAUGAUAGUGCCGUUCCUAGGUCCGGCUUGGUUUCCAUAGCAACGCAGACUGCUUCAGAAGAUAUCAGCGAAGAGGAACGAGAUUUACGACGAUCCUCAACUGCUACCGCCUCAGCACCCCCGCGUCCACCUCCUCCCCGCCUGACCAUUAACCCUGUCAUCGUGACGCCACUGCUGCCACCUCCACCCGCCGCCACCUCACCUCGGAGCCCUGAUCACUGCCUCCUGGACCUGCCGUUAGAGGCGGAGGACCACCUUAGCGUUCUCCCUGCCACCACCAUCGCUUCUCAGGCACCAGUCGCCUCCUCGCUCGAGUUGCUAAGCGCCCGUCCGGUUGGUGACCGUGGCAGCGUCUGGCUCAUCAACUUUUCGGAGGACUCAGAGGCCACUCCACCCCUCGUGCCCACCACCUCGACAGUGUUGGCAUCACCUGCUCUUCCUCCUGUAGUGACCUCUGUUCCUAGACCACGACCGCGACCACGACCGUCAGUGGCCACCAGGACCUUGCCGGAGUCGCCCUCCAACAUCACGGCAUCCCCAUCGCUCUUUCCUGUGUCAUUUGAUUUAGAACCUGUUGGGACCCAGACGUCAACACUCAGGUCUUCAGAAUCAAAGUUCACCUUAUAUCCCUCAACAUCAAUAUCGAUACCAGUAUCCUUGACUUUAAUCUCAGAGUCUUCAACAUCACCCCCAGUAUCAAGGGCGACUUUAGGAUUCACAGCAUCAAAACUAAGUUCCUCAACAUCAAACUCGGAGUCCUCAGCAUCAACACUCGAUUCUCCAACAUCAGGACUUGGUUCCUUGGCAUCAUCUUCAAGAUCAAGGUCGACCUUGGAAUCUUCAGCAUCUACUUUAAGUUACUCAACUUCAACCUCAGAGUCAUCAACUUCACCCGAACCGCCAAUCCUCGUGACCGGUGUCUCCUUCCUGCAGUCGUCUCCACCGUUAACGUCGUCUUUGUCUCCUCGAAGCACACAAUCCCCGGCUCGUGCCUGCCCAGUCCCCUCCCCUCGUCACAGGGAGGUCUCACGACCUCCUCCUCGCUCCCCCCCAUCAUCGGCAACUUCACCGACGUCGUCGCCAGUAUCGCCAUCUCAAACAAUGAGCUCGGACGGUGUCCGCAGUGUGGCGGAUAGGGCUGCUUUUUUCGCACAGCAAGCAUCAUCACCGUCACCAAAGCCCGUGCCACGACCCCGAUCUCAAACCAGGUUCGGCAAUGGUGAAUCUCGUGUCGGCGAUGCCGCGCCGCUCAAACCAAAACCCAAUGUCCGUCCCAAGAGCUGUGUGCUGGUGCUACCCCCGGGGGACGGCACCAGCAUCAAUGGAGGCGGUGCCAAGGGAUGCCGUGAGGAUGACGCGCGGCGUCCGUCCGCUCCGUCGUCAUCGGUCGCGGACGCCGUCUCCUCCUUCUCCGCAAUGGCAUCGACGAACUCGUGCGGUCGCCCGCUGAUGCCUCAAGGGCCAAAGCCCAUGGCCGUGCUGCCGUCGAAGCCUUUGCUGCCUCCGAAGCCCGGGGCGAAGCAGGCUGGCUCAGCGGUGCCGGCGAUGCAAGGCGGCAGUAUUCAGGACUUGUACGCGGUCGUGAAUAAGCGGCCAGCUGGAACGGCGGCGGCAGCUGCGGCGAUAACGCAAGGUGGCGGUGCUGCGGACUUGUACGCGGUCGUGAAUAAGCGGUCAGCGGGAGCGGCAGUGGCUGCGGCCGCUUCAAUGGAGCGGCCUCAGGUGGAUCCCGCAUCAUGGUCAGAUGAGGAGCGAGAUGACGGUGCCAGUGGAGGAAGGAAACACGGCAACAACUUUGCGUCUCUGCACACAUCAACUCGCAGGACACUGGAAGGGUAUCCCAUAAGUGAGACUCCAACCCUGCCUUUGAGGAAACCGACCAUAAUUCGGCCAACGGCAUCAGAUGUCGCAAAGAUUCCCAGAAAACCAUCUCAGUUCCAGGCAUCAACGAGGUACGGGUCGUCGCGCUCACUGGAUGAGCUUGGAGAUAACAAUCGAGCAAGUGAAAGCCGGGCAAGUUUUACAGACGACCUUUCCCAGUGCCUCAAAAGGCCGAGCACUCAGAAGGUCCCUCCUAAGAAGCCUCCUCCUCCACGGCCUAGCUACUUGCCUGGCAACACGAGGGGCCCAGCCCGAACCGACGCAACGCCAAGGGGGCGCAGCCGCGAACGGAGGGGGAACGACGUGAAUAACGAGAACGCCGAGGAUCAACAAGGGGACCUGCCCCCAAGACCGGGUCCGGGGCACCCCCUGUACAACUCCUACAUGCUUCCCAUGCCCCAUGUGCUCACACGCGUGGAAAACCAAGCAAAGGCACCAAAUGAGCUGUCUUUUAAGCCGUACGAGGUGCUGCCCCUGGUGGCGGAGCAGGAUGGCGUGUGGCUGGAGUGCCGCCGUGGUAACCGUGUGGGCCGCGUGCGCCGCUCUCUCGUGAACAUUGUCACGCCGCUCGACGACGACGGCGGUGACGACGGGAGAGGCUCGGCGCCUGGCAAUUCCCCGUGUGCGGAGGUGCUCUACGACUUCACUGCCGAGGAACCUGGAGAGUUGUCCCUGGCGGUGGGAGACACCGUGCGCAUGCUUGGCCGUGAGCCAGGCGGGGAGUGGCUCCGUGGGGAACUGCGCGGGAAGACCGGAAUCUUCCCCGCAUGCUACGUCAGAGUGCCGGUGGAUGUAGAAGACAAAGACGAAAUUUCCAGUGGGCCACGCUGCUUGGUGCGCUUCACUUUUGAGCCGGGCCAAGAGGACGAGCUGGCACUGGAGGAAGGCACCGUGGUGGCGCUGUGUGCGCGUGACCCUGGCGGGGAGUGGGCACGCGGGCGGCUCCGUGACGGCCGCGAGGGCCUCUUCCCGCUCGACUUCGUGGAGAUCCUAGAGGACCUUCCGCUCAUCGCAGGUGAGGAGAAGCCUCAGGUUAAGGCACUUUACGACUUCUUUGGCGAAGAUGUCGAGGAGCUCAGCUUCAAGACUGGUGAUGUGCUGACCAUCCUCGGAGCUGAGGGCUUGGAGUGGCUCAAAGGGGAACUAAAUGGCAAAGUCGGGAUUUUCCCAAAAAACUACGUCACCGAAAUCUGACCAAGGACACGCAGCCCUCGAAGGAACAGCUGAUGGCAUCAGGAACAACUGUGAUCCCACCAAGCACAGCUGAAUCCACAAAGUAUAGCUGAUUUCACAGGAAAAGGCUGAUACUACUGGGAACUGGUUUUAUCCAGAUCAGGCUAUUGAUUCAACUGUAAACGCAUGCUUCAUAUCACGAGAAAUGGUUUCAGCAAUCUCAUAAAGAUGAUCCAAAUGGAAAGUGUUGCUACGAACAACCCAACUCACAUCCUGACGCGGAGAACCUGAUCUCAGCUGGAACAGCUGAUCCCAUUUGGAGUGGUCAGCUUAUCCUAUGAAGAGGAGUCAAACUUAAGAGCGGCUGAUAUCAGAGAGGCAGUUUAAAUAGUUGGCCUGACAAAUGACGGGCUAACUUUUCUAAAAUUGUGUGGUCUGCAUGCUAAUUCGUUGUUUGGUUACAUUCAUAGUCUUGCAUUUUAAACCAUAUUCACAUUUAAAUGAAACAAAUCGCAGUAAUUCUUAAAGUGAGUAAAUCAUUAAGUGCAAUUAUUAUUAAUUAAAUCAUUAAUGUGGGUUGCCAAGUGAUUUUUACUCAAGCACGCGUUUCUUAACAUGACUAAACAUGUUUAAUGGCAUGGGUACGAGGUAGUCUUCCAGCAGUAGAGAGAGCAUGAGCGGUCGAGUGCAUCCUUGUCGAGCUAUUUCAAAUGAAAUUCGUUAUUGUCUUCCGGUUUUCACUUUUAAAACCCAACACUCAUUUUUCUGCCGCACACGUAUCUUUGUUUUUUGAUGUUGCUAUGAAUCUGUUGUAUCAUUACGAGCAGCACUGGACACGUUUGAAGCCCAGCCUUGGGAAUGUUUUACAAUUUGACGCACCAUGGUUCCCAUCCGUAGUGUUGCCCGUUUAAUCCAGUAAUUUUCUAUAACCGUUUCCCUUUGCAUUUCCACAACGGUAGAGAAGUAUCAUAACUGCCCAAUAGAUUUAGCGCAUGAUUUGUAAUAACAAUUUCUUUACCCGGGAGAGCCUCGCUGAUUCACUUGACUCUUUUUUUAGGAGGGUCCUACCAGGUUUUCAUAGUAGGGGGGCAAUAAUUACUAUCAAUAUUCUCAAUUGAGUAAUUUGUUAUUAUUUUAUCAAUAUUGGCAAGAUUGAAUCUUGACGUUCAGCACAAAAUUCCCCGCUCUUGCAAAUGACGUCACGGGAUCUUUAACGUCCGUUUUGAAUCAAAUGGUUAAUGUUUUCAUAAAACACCCACAGUAAUAACCAGGGCGGCAACUGGAUUCGAACCGUGAAUCGGCAAUAAACAGCCAACACGCUACCGCCAGGACAUGUCACCGCCCGGGGGCAGGGCACCAAACAGAAUGACACAAUAUCAGAUUAUCCAGUGAACAUUGCCAUGUUAAAAGCUCUGCCUGUGUUGAGCUGCUGAUUCUUGAAUCGGCACAGAGUUUUGACGGUGCUCCCGACUUUCUGAAGCUGCACUGACAUGAACUAACCUGUAGACUGAGCUUCAAGCCCUGAAAAAUCGGCCUCACCCCCUCUCCCAUUCGGGAGUCUCGUUCUCAAUCUCGCAAACCUUUGACGUCUCAACACAGCACAACCCCCGGACACUUCCCCCCUUACUCCUCCACUUGCGGUGCGCCCCUUUCCUUGUGUCGCCACUUGCUCCGUUCACUUGCACCUCGCUGUCACGCCUCCACUUCGCGUUGUCCCCUACCUCUUGUCGCCCCUCGUCUUACGUCUCUCAAGAGCACAAAGAGGGUGAUCGCACAGCACGCACACACCGAAACGUGUACACUGCACGACGGUACGCACAAGCUUUUACAAUUGCAGCGUCUGCCGUUUUUUGUUAUGGUGCUUGGGUUUAAAUGGCGAUCAUUUGUACAUUAUUAAGGAAAGCAGUCUUGGUGAACGUUACGGGAGUGUGGGCAAUGCUUUUGACAGGUGUCGAGUCUUUGUCACUUGAAAACCGCGGGCAUUGUGUUUCCCAAUGCAAAAAAAGUCUAUCAAUGGGGACAGGUGUGCUAUAAAUGACAAAACUAAUGUUAACAUUUAAAUAAACGUCACCAUAGUCUUGGUA